AUGACAUUCAAUGGAGGAAUUGGUGUAACGUAUUACUGGUAUAAAGAUAAUGAGAGAGUGGCAGAAGGACGGAGCUAUACAAUCACAUCUGCCCAGGUUGGACACAGCGGGAACUACAAUUGCCGGUCAAAUAGUGGUCUUUAUGCCGAAUUCAGGCUAGAUGUCGGUGAUGGUCCAGUCAUCCUGCAGGCUCCUCCCCUUGUGUAUUGGGGUAGUGAUAUGGUACUAAGAUGUCACAGCCGUCCUCAGUAUCGGGUCAUCAAUACAACAUUCUACAAAGAUGAUGAAGUCAUACAGCCUUCAACCAAUGAUCUUACUACAGUUAUCAUUCCACGGAACCAACAAGUUGGAAGAUACAGAUGUAAGAGAACAUUAUCCUGGGAAGAACAUGUAACUUACACAGAUGAAGUGUCCCUACACAUCAGAGAGCUCUUCGCAAAACCAAGGAUUUCCAUAGUACAAAAUCCAGUGAGAGAAGGGGACAACAUAAUAUGUAACACAAGUCUCAGUUUGCCCAAAAAGAGGACUUUACUGCAGUUUACCUUCUACAGAGAUGGACACGAGGUGCUGAAUUUGAAUUCAUCAAGUAUUCAUCCAGUAGUCCUAAAUGUCAGUCUGGAGGAUUCUGGGAAUUAUUCCUGUGAAGUGAGAACGGCAAACAACACUGUAAUGAAAAGAAGUGCAGAAUUAUAUAUUCAGAUACAAGAGCUGUUUACGAAACCAAAUCUGACCGCAAUACGAAAUCCAGUGAGAAAAGGUGACAUGGUGACCCUGAUAUGUAACACGAGUCUCAGUCCGCUCAGACAGAGCACAGAACUUCAGUUUGCUUUCUACAGAGAUGGACAGAAUGUUCAGGGAUUCAAUUUGUCCAAUCGAUAUAAAGCUCAGUCCACCGAGCUGGAGGAUUCUUCUGGGAACUAUUCCUGUGAAGUGAGAACUCCAACUAACAAUGUAAAGAAGAGGAGUGAGGAGCUAUCCAUCCAGAUAAAGGAGUAUGAGCACAACAAUACAGCAACUUUAGUCACUAUUUCGGUUAUCAUCAUUCUCCUUAUCAUCAUCAUCAUCCUCAUCAUUGUCAACAAGAACAGAUGCAAAUCAUUGAUGACUUCUACUAGCAAAAGACAAACAGCAGACCCUCAAGAAACAGAGUCGCACAGAGACCUCCCUGGGGAAGGAGAUGUCUGUUACGCUGAUAUUAAGAUCAACCGCAAAGCUCCCGACACACACACUACUUCUAAUGAAGACUUAUUUUAUGUCAACUUUACAACCAGCAAAACCGCUUCUUCACCUAAAGUUGUUGAAACCCAGGUUAUCUACUCUGAAAUAAAGCCCAGAACAGAGAUAUGAAGAUUAUCUGGUGAUGAUGUUCAGAGGCUUCUAAUGAUGUUCUGAAUUCAGCUUGACAAAUCCAGAGUCUCUGGGGAAUUUUCACAAAGACAUUUUACCCUAAUGCCGCCUACACACGACCGUUUUUAAUGGUCUAGAAAAAACACAUUUUUUUCAACCCGAUUAUUGGUCUUUGGCUAGCCAAAUGGUCCCGGGCUGAAGUGGUUAAAUACUAAAGUAUAAAGGACCCGUCUCAAAAAGCCAGAUCAUCAUGUGUCUACAAUAAUAUUAUUAAUAAAAAGGUGCCCAGCUAGCGUGGCAAAACCUAACCCAGUCACACCCUAUACAUACCCAGCCCACAUUAAACCCAGAUCCACAAGUACACGUAGGGCUCUCCCAGCACCCAAAGACCCAGGGAGAGGGGGAGAGACCUACCUACAUCCAAACCACCUAACUACUCCCCUAAUCAUGGACUAACAACCAGAUAUCAUACCCCCAAAGAUACAUCACCCCAUCCAUCUAAAACAUACGCCCACCCAACAGCCAUUCAUCCAUCCCAAUCAUGCCCCUCCAACCCGACCAUACUCCAUGCAUAUCACAGCCAUAGCAACAUAUAUCCAAAGACAAACCAAAUUGCACUUAUCCCUUCCACCCAACAUACCAGUGGAUAUCAUCCAUCUCAUCCCUUUAUUACCGUAUUUAUCAGGGUAUAUACCGCGCACUUUUUUCCCCUUAAAAUCAGGGGGAAAUCGUGGGUGCGCAAUAUACGCCGAUACUGCUGUUUCCGGGCGCCGCCGAAGUAUACCGA